AUGGAUCACGCCAACACAGCACCAUCAAUACCCAUCCUGGCUCAGUCUGCCUCAGAGCAAGACAUGGCGCUCGAGGAUUCGCAACCUUCAACGCCUCUCGCCGAUCAGAGCGGUUCGCAAACCCCAUUAGACGCUGCCGCAUACACUACUGCUGCUACACAGCAAAGCUCGCUGCCCAUCAGCGAUGAGCUCGAGCGCUUUCGUUUAGAGUGGAAGAAGGAGGUCGAAGCAAGAGUUCACCCAACCGAUGCUCAACAAUCGCCACAGCACAAGCACGCCCGCACAUCAACUACACAACAAGCCACUACCUCUGAGCAAGGGUGUCGGGGCAGCGACGACCACGACGACCACGAGCAUCAAGCAAGCAAGGGCGACAACGACUUGGAAGAGCAAGAUGGCAGUCUGCUCCAUCAAGAUGAUUCUUCGCUUCCUUUCCCCGAAGCAGAGAUCUGUGCACCCGCUGCACUCAAGUAUUCCAAAGGAGCACGCAAGCUGCCUCGAAACGGUACCCCUCACCAGCCUCAGAAUGAUCUUCCAGCUCCCAUAAUCCCUGCAGAGUACCAUCCUCCACCGCUAGAAUCCUUGUCCUCCUCCAAGUCACCUUCCGCAAGCUCUCUAGCCUAUGGCGUCUCCCAGGCGCUACGCGACCGUGUCCGUGCGUCCUCCAGUCUUCUUCCGCAGGCUCUCAAGCAGGAAGCACAUCCCUUGCCUCCGGCUCCAUCACCAACCUCCCGAGCACCGCGUAUAAUCCCUAUGCCCACCCCCCCAACUCUCGCAAGCAAAGCCAAUCAAGCUGGUAUGCGCAGCGCUGUCGAGGCCUAUGCGCACGCUGUCGAAAUGGAACGCAGCGGCAACCUCGAUCAAGCACUUGCCUCCUACCGUCGCGCUUUCCAGCUCAACAGCAAUGCGGAUCAGCUCUAUCACCGUGCCCACCUACUUCUCGCCGAUCCCACCUUGGCAAACACUUCGUCUCAGGACAACGACGCGCUCCUGUCCCAUCCCGCCAUCGCAGACAAGAUUCGCAAGGCACUCGACUUUGACGAUCACCGCUAUGUUGCCAUCAAAGAGAGGCAGGCAAAGGAAAACGAGGCUCGAGCUAGAGGCGAACUCAUCGAUCCAACUCACUCCAAACCCACUCUGGAAUCUGCCUCUGCUCCAGCGCAAUCGCAGUCUGGUGCGGACAAAAAGUGGCAGCAGUCACGCCCCGAUGAGUUGGCAAGACUGUUUGAGACCAUGUCGAUACGAGGCGGUGGCGAGAGAGACUUCGACCUGAUAGCAUUCCUACCCGAGGACGAGGAGAAGCAGAUGCCCAUUGCAAGCCUCCCCGACGAGAUCCUGCUGCAGAUCCUCGGCUUCAUCAUCGCACCUCGCGGGAAAAGGGGGACAAAGAUAGUCAAGCCAAAGCCUACACCAGAAGAGCAAGCCGCGCUCGAGGCUGCUACCGCUGCCUUGACUCGGCGUUCAGGCGUUAAACCAAAUACACCAAUUCCCACUUCAAGCGAUCCUCAGAAAGCGCGCCAGCUCAACGCAACCGCUACCACUGCUGCGGCCGCCGCCACUGCAACAGGCCGGACGGCCAAUGCAGCAGCUACAGCCACAAUCGGAGUGGCAACAAACGGCUACAAGCCCGACAAUCAAAAGUCAGCCGAGGGCAGCAGCGUCGGCAACGUCAACCGCAAGCAGCCUCCUGGCGUUGGCGUCGUCCUCGGGGGCGCAGAUUGGCAGACGCUCGAGAUCCUCGCUCGAACGUGCUGGAAGUUCCGCCUGCUCACCAAAUCGCCCUCGCUCUGGCAGGAUAUUGUACGCGAAACCUACUACCCACCCAUCCUUCAUCCUACGCUCAGCCUCACCUCGCUCUACGAGCGCCACCAUUCCGAUUGGCGCACCGUCUUCAUCAACCAGCCGCGCGUGCGUCUCAACGGCUGCUACAUUGCCGCCUGCCACUAUGCCCGCGCGGGCCUCGGCGACAACCCGUGGGUGCAGGUCUACCACGUCGUCGAGUUCUACCGCUCCAUCCGCUUCCUUCCGGAUGGCACAGCACUGUCGCUGCUCUCCACCGACCCGCCUGCUGAGACUGUCAGGAAGCUCGAACCGGCGCUCAAGGCCAAGGGGUUUUCCAAGGGAAGAUGGGAGCUAUUCGAGCAUGGCUUGGACGACGACGAGGAGGAAGGGCGUCCGAGAGGACCCAAGAUAGUCGUAGAGGAUCUGAGGGACAAGAGCAUGCCAAAGUAUGCCUUCCGCAUGGUGUUUGGCUUGAGAAGUACAACGAGAGGGAGAUGGAACAAGUUGGAUCUGUUGGAGUACCACAGUGUCAAUCUGUCCAAUGGCGAGGUGCUGCCGCUACCGCAGAAGCAUUCACGGCCGUUUCACUUUUCUAGGGUUAUUGCCUAUGGUGUUUGA